GUCAUGGCGGACGCCAGGUCGCUGAGCACGGAGCCGCCCGAGCAGGACAUCCAGGAGUUCGCCGAGACGGCGAUGAAGGAGAUGCUCAGCUGGUACGGGUACGAGCGGCGCGACUCGCCACCGCCGGGGCGGUACGAGCGGCGCGGCUCGCCGCCGCCGGGGGCCGGGGGCGCCGGCCGCCUCAGCCGGCCUUCCUCGCCCGUCACGGACGGCUCCAUGUCACCGCGCGCCGUCUCGCCCGUCACGGCCGCCCUCGCCAACGACGCCGGCUGCAAGAGGACGCCGGUGGUGUGCUCCUGGUGCAACAAACUCGGCGCCCAGCUCUACACUAUGGGCUCGAAGGCGUUUUGUUCGGAGCCCUGCUUCAGCCAGUCCAGAGCGGCAAACUUUCGUAAGACGAAACUGUGCGACUGGUGCAAGAACAUAAGAGAUUCACUUAACAUUGAGUACAUAAAUGGGGAUCAACAGCUUCAAUUCUGUAGUGAAAGCUGCCUGAACGCGUACAAGAUGAACAUCUUCUGCAAGGAGACGGAGGCGCACAUCCAGAUGCUGCCGCAGCUGCGGGAGCUGGUGUCACGCUCCUCCAAGGACUCUCUCAUCACCCCCGACAUGUGGCUGCGGGACCGGCCGCUGGCAGGCGGCGUCACCACCGCCGGCGAGGUGGCGCCACUGUCGGCCGCCGAGAGCGGCGGCGCCGCGCCGGUCGACCGGCGCCGGCUGCGGCGGUCGCGGCCCGACACGCAGCGGGCGCCCCUGCCGCCGGUGACGGUGCUGCUGCCGGUGCCGGUGGCCGUGCCGGUGCCGCUGCCGCUGCCUGUCCCCGUACCGGAGGACGUGUGCCGGGAGCUGCUGGCGCGCUUUCAGCGUCGCGAGCCGCCGCCACCGCCGCCGGCUACCGCGCCCGCCGACUGUCCGAUCCUGAAGCGGGAGCUGGAGAAGGACUCGGCCUCCAGCUCGGACGCCGAAGGCCUCGAUCUGACCGUGCGGAAACGAAAAACGGACCACCCAAGGAAAAUCAAAAUGGAGGAGGAUGACUUUGACUGAUCUAGUGAGGGGAAAUUCUUGUAGAAUAUGAAGAUUUUAAGUACAUGUUCUGAAGAUGUGUUGUGGUGCUAUUAACGUUUUGUCAAUAUAUCUUAUCAGCCCAGAUGUCA